AUGACUACAGACUCCCCCUGGCUCGCGCAAGGCGAAGCUAAACGCCAAGCUAUCCUCGACGCUAUCCCCGCGAAAUGGCGACUGGCAGACCCCGUUCCUCCCGCCACGGAGGUUCGCGAUGUGACAGGAAGUUAUAUCCAGCAAUAUCUCAGCGAGCGUGAGAUUGAAAUUACGGAGUCUGAUGCAGUUCAUAUUGCUGCACAAACGACUACUGGUCGCUGGUCUGCCGUGGAAGUCGCAGAGGCCUUUUGUCAUCGAGCUGCGCUGGCACACCAACUGGUCAAUUGCUUACACGAGAUAUUUUUUGACGCGGCUAUCGAAGAUGCAAAGAAGCUGGAUGCCUACUAUGCAGAGCACAAAGCUCCCAUGGGCCCGCUACACGGUCUACCCGUUAGUCUGAAAGAUCAAUUCCACGUCAAAGGCGUGGAAACCACCAUGGGCUAUGUCGGUUGGAUCGGCACUUUCCAAGGCAAAAAGGACGAUACCCGUUUCCGCACAGAGGAAAGCGAGCUGGCCAGAGAGCUGCGCAAUCUCGGAGCCGUCCUCUAUUGCAAGACAAGUGUGCCGGCUACGCUAAUGGCCGGUGAGACCAUCAACAAUAUCAUCGGCUACACAUGGAAUCCGAAGAACCGCCUCCUAUCCUCCGGUGGUAGUUCAGGUGGUGAAGGAGCGUUGAUUGCGCUGCGUGGAUCACCCGUUGGUUUUGGGACUGACAUCGGUGGGAGUGUUCGCAUUCCUGCUGGAUUCAACUAUCUGUAUGGACUGCGCCCGUCAUCUGGGCGAAUGCCUUACCAGGGCGCUGCCAACUCGAUGGAUGGACAAAGCACUAUCUUGUCUGUCAUUGGACCGCUUGCACCUACCGCACGGUCUUUGACUCUGCUGUUUAAGACUGUGCUUAGCCAGAAGCCGUGGUUUCACGAUCCGCUCGUACUCGAGCUACCCUGGCGAGAUGCCGUCGCGGAGGAAACCCGUCUGCGAAUCGACCAGGCCAAGGCCGGAAAGUCAAGUCUGACUUUCGGAAUAAUGCACUGGGAUGGAAUCACGCGCGUUCACCCACCCAUUGCUCGUGGAUUGAGAAUCGUCGAACAAACCCUCAAGCGACUCGGCCACAGAGUGAUUCCUUGGAAUCCACCCUCUCAUGCUACCGCUGGUACGUUGGGUUCCACGGCAUUCAGUAUGGACGGUGGUGCCGACCUAGCCCAUCACUUCGGUCUAUCCGGUGAAUCUAAAGCAUCCCAGGUCAUAAUCACCGACAAAGAACCACUAUCCAUGACCGAGCUCGCAGCACUCAACGUCGCAAAGCGUGAGUAUCAAAAGCAGUACAUGGACUACUGGAACAGCACCGCAGAAGUAACUGGGACGGGCUCCCCUGUCGACGGACUCUUUUGUCCACUUGCGCCCCACGCUGCGGUGAUUCCCAACGAAUACCACUACGUGGGAUACACCUCCUUCGUCAAUGUUCUGGAUUACACCAGCGUGGCUAUGCCGGUGACAUUUGCGGAUAAGAGUAUCGAUGUGCGUUCCGCGUAUGUAUCGACAGCUGAAUCGGCAGACCAUAUCGAGUGGAAUUAUGAUGCCGAUACAUACCAUGGCGCUCCGGUGGGAGUUCAAUUUGUCGGACGGAGGCUGCAGGAAGAGAAGAUGCUGACUCUUGCCGAGUAUAUUGGCGAUGAGAUUUCUAAGACCGCAGAGACAAUGUAG